GAAAGUGAGCUGAGGCUGGUGAAAUUCCUCCCGAGAUUCUGGCUCUGCAGAGAGAUUUGGUGAGGCAAUUCCAGAACACAGCAGAGAUCAAACACUGCUCCAUCAGGGAAUUCCUCAGGGAACCCCACUCAGAUGGGAUGAGGGACCUGUUAGAGAGGAGAGUGAAUGUGUUUCUGUCUGUCUGGAACAAGCUGAGAAGCUCCCUGGACACCAAUGGAGAAAUCAAGCUGCCCAAAGGCUACUGUGAUGCCGAGCUGAGCCUGGACAGCAGGCUGGAGGUGCUGCUGCCACGGCGCCAGGGGCUGGGGCUGUGCUCCACGGCGCUGGCCAGUUACCUCAUCGGGCUGCACAACGACCUGGUGCACUCUGUCAACAGGCACACCAAGGAGGAUGACAGGUACCUGGUCAGCCCCUCGGAAGUGGCCGACCUGCACCUGAUCAGUUACGAGGUGGAGAGGGACCUGAUCCCUCUGAUCCUGUCCAACUGCCAGUACAGCAUGGAGAAGGGAGGGGAGACCUUGCAGGACUUUGAUCUGGAGAGGAUCCAGCAGCAAGUGAUCAGCAAGUUCCUGCAGGGGAAGCCACUCAUCACGCUGAUGGGAAUCCCCACCCUGGUGCACAGACACGACAGGAACUACGAGCAGCUGUUCAGUGAUGUCAGGAACAAGCUGGAGCAGAGUGCUCUGCCCAGUUCUGUGAUGAGCAUGAUCACUGGGGAGCUGCAGUCCUACAGUGAUGUGUGUGAUGCUCUGUCCCUCACUGAGAUCACCCUGGGUUUCCUGGCCAUGGCUGGUGAGAAUGCAGACAUGCUGCUGACUGAGUACAUUGAGCAGGUUCUGCAGAUGGGGGAUCAGACAAACCCUCACGUGCUGCAGGCCCUCAGACGGUGCCAGCUCAGGCACAGCAUGGCCCUGUGGCAGCUCCUGUGUGCCCACAAAUCUGAGCAGCUGCUGCGCCUCGGCAGGGAUCCUUUUGCAGAUGUCAGUCCAGACUACAAAGAAGAGCUCACCCCAGAGCUUGCCAAGCUCCUGCACACCUUCCUGGUCCACUCCAGGCUGGAAAUCUUCCUGCAGGAGCUCCAUGAAAUGAUCAUCCUGAAGCUGAGACGUGUCCAAGCUGUGGAGGAAUUCAAACCCACCUGGAGCCUGAAGGAAUCACUCUUGCCUUACCUUGAUGACAAAGAGUCUGAAUUAGCUCCAGAGCUGGAAGACACAUUCCCUGAUGAGAUUCUUCUGUCUCAUGCUGCUGCUACCUGGAAAGCAGCUGCUGUAUUCAAGAGGAGGGAGCACAGGGAGAGUUAGGACAGAGCCCUGCCAGGGACUGCCACAACACCCGCGUCAGGGCUCCUGCAACUCUGGGCAUUUGUUUGGGGCUUGUUGGUUGUUCUUUGGGUUUGGGGUUGUUGUUUUUACACCUGAUGUGAAGAGGAGAGUGGCUGUGGAGGAGGAGGGUGAAAUAGACCCAGCAGCUCGGUGCGAACCCUGGAUCGCCACAGCUCCAGAGCCACGGGAGGAACAUGAAGGACUUUUUUUACAAAUCAUGGUGCCGUCGUGCCGGGGCAGGGUUGAUGUUUUCUAGCCUGCCUUUCUGCGCUGGCUGCAGAAGCGGCUCCUGCCCCGCGCCCCCGCUGCGGCAGGGCCCGAACAGGGAGCCCUGAGGGCCGGGGCUGCUCCGCUGCCUUCGCCCCGGCCCGCCUCGGCCCGGCCGCCUUCUCCCCCCUUAAAUAAACUCG